GUCUCUGGAGGAGGGGUCGGGCAGGUACCUUCUUUACAGCAUUCCUCUGGGAAUUUGGGAUAGUGGGGAAAGUGCCUGUCUCCUGUCUCCUUAGGGGCCUCCCCAGUGGAAACACUCUUCAAAUCCAGCUCAGGACACAGGACGUGGCCGAGGCACCCAUGAGUCCCGCUCCACGGACACCCUAGAACAUCUAUGAUGAACCAGGAAGCCAAGGCCAGCUCCUCAUGGACCCCAUUAGCCUCCAGCUGGACACCAAGAACCUGUGGAGCUGUCUCGUGAGGCUGCUCAGCAAAGACCCAGAAUGGCUGAAUGCCAAGGUGAAGUUCUUCCUCCCCAACAUGGACCUGGGCUCUGGGAACGAGGCCCUGGACCCCACACAGAGGGUCAUCCUACAGCUCAAGGAACUGUACACCCAAGGCCCGGCCACCUGGGAGACGUUCAUCCACUGUGUGUGCAUGGAGCUGGAGGUGCCGCUGGAGCUGGAGGUGCCGCUGCUGAGCACUUGGGGCCACGGAGACGGGUUCCCCAGUCAGCUGGAAGAUGAUGAGGACAGCCAACCCGAAUCUCAGCUCCAGCAUGGCGUCAAGCGGCCUCUUCAGAGCUGUGGGUCCUCACCCCGCCCAAAGCAGUCCAGGAAGCAGCAGCUAGAGCUGGCCAAGAGGUACCUGAAGCUGUUGAGGACGUCUGCCCAGCAGCGCUAUAGCGGCAGGAUCCCGGGGCCAGGGCAGCCCCUUGCCUUCCAGCAGGCCUACAUCCCCCCAAUCCUGCAGUGGCACCGAGCCACAGCGCCCUUCAACACUCAGGAGGGGGCCCUUAUGGGGGACCCCAAGACAGAAGAUGGCACCGACGUGAGCAUCCGGGACCUCUUCAACACCAGGGCUGACAAGGGUCCCAGGGUGAGGGUACUCCUGGGGAAGGCGGGCAUGGGCAAGACCACACUGGCCCACUGGCUCCGCCAGAAGUGGGCUGACGGCCAGCUGGACCGCUUCCAGGCCUUGUUCCUUUUUGAGUUCCGCCAGCUCAACCUCAUCACCAGUGUCCUGACGCUGCCCCAGCUCCUUUUUGAUCUGUACCUCAGCCCCGAGGCGGGCCCCGAGGCUGUCUUCCAGUACCUGGAGGAGAAUGCUGAUGGAGUCCUACUGAUCUUCGAUGGGCUGGACGAGGCCUUCCAACCCUGUUCCAGCAGGGAGACUGCAGACUCUGAGGCCCUAGGCCCAGCCCUCGCCCUCUUCUCCAACCUCUGCCGUGGGACCCUCCUGCCUGGCUGCUGGGUAAUGGCCACCUCCCGUCCAGGGAAGCUGCCCGCCUGCCUGCCCACGGAGGCAGCCACAGUCCACAUGUGGGGCUUUGACGGGCCACGGGUGGAAGAGUACGUGGGCCGCUUCUUCAGCGACCGGCCAUCGCAGGAGGCAGCGCUGGCAGAGCUGCGGGCAGAUGGACAUCUGCGGAGCUUGUGUGCGGUGCCUGCGCUGUGCCGUGUCGCCUGCAUCUGCCUCCACCACCUGCUCCCGGGCAGCUCCCCAGGCCAGUCUGCAGCCCUCCUGCCCACUGUGACUCAGACCUACGUGCAGAUGGUGCACGCCCUCGGCCCCCAUGUGUACCUGUCUGCCAAGUCCCUGAUGGGCCUCUGUGAGGUGGCGCUGAGGGGCCUGGAGACUGGGAAGGUUAUCUUCUCUGCAGGAGACAUCCCUCCACCCACGAUGGCCUUUGGGGCUGCCCUCGGCCUGCUGACCUCCUUCUGCAUCUGCACAGGCCCUGGGCACCAGGAGACAGGCUAUGCCUUCCUCCAUCUCAGCCUGCAGGAGUUUUUUGCUGCCCUGCACCUGAUGGCCAGCCCUGAGGUGGACAAAGACGCGCUCACCCGCCACGUCACCCUCAAUUCUCGCUGGGUGUUGCGGACCAAAGCUAGACUGGGCCUCUUAGACCAUCUUCCCAGCUUCCUGGCGGGUCUGGCAUCCAGUGCCUGCCGUCGCUUCCUCAGCCACCUGGCACAGCAGGAUGAGGUGUGGGUAGGCGCCAAGCAGGCUGCAGUCGUGCAGGCAUUGAGGAAGUUGGCCACCCGCAGGCUCACGGGGCCAAAGGUUGUAGAGCUGUGUCACUGUGUGAGUGAGACACAGGAGCCUGAGCUGGCCGGCCUCAUGGCCCGAAGUCUCCCGUGUCAACUGCCCUUCCACAAUUUCCCGCUGACCCACGCCGACCUGGCUGCCCUGACCAACAUCCUGGGGCACAGAAAUGCUCCCAUCCACCUAAAUUUUGAGGGCUGCCCCCUGGAGCCCUGCUGCCCUGAGGCUCUGGCAGGCUGUGGGCAGGUAGAGAAUCUCAGCUUUAAGAGCAGGAAGUGUGGGGACGCCUUUGCAGAAGCCCUCUCCAGGAGCCUGCCAACAAUGGAGAGCCUGAAGAACCUGGGGUUAGCAGGAAGUAAGAUCACUGCCCGAGGCAUCAGCCACCUGGUGAAGGCUUUGCCCCUCUGUCCACAGCUGGAAGAGGUCAGCUUUCAGGACAACCAGCUCAAGGACCGAGACGUGCUGAACAUCGUGAAGAUACUCCCUCGCCUGCCGCGGCUCCGGAAGCUUGACCUGAGCCGCAACAAUGUCUCUGUGUGGACCCUACUCCGCUUGACAGAGGUGGCAGUCAUGUGCCCUACCGUCAGGACGCUGCAGGUCGGGAAGGCAGAGCUCAUCUUUCUUCUCUCCUCGCCCACAGAGACAGCUGCAGAGCUACCAGGAGCCCCAGAGCUGCAGGAAAGUGCUGGUCAGAGGAAAGAGGCUCCGAGCAGAAGCCUGGCACUCAGGCUCCAGGAGUGUCAGCUCGGGGUCCAUGAGGUGGAGAUGCUCAUAGCCCAGCUCCAGAAAUGCCCCCACCUGGAUGAAGUGGACCUCUCAGGGAACCAGCUAGAAGACGAAGGCUGUCGGCUGAUGGCAGAGGCUGCACCCCAGCUGCGCAUCACCGGGAAGCUGGACCUCAGUGACAAUGGGCUCUCUGUGGAUGGGCUGCACCAAGUGCUGAGUGCAGUGAGCACAUGCCGGACCCUGACAGAGCUACACAUCAGCCUCCUGCGCAAAACUGUGGUCCUCACGUUUGCCUCAGAGCCGGAGGAGCAGGCGGGGAUGCACAAGAGUGCUGUGUUUCUUGACAGCCUCGUGCCCCAGACGCCCUCUGAGCUGCCCCUGCGCUCCCAAGAGAUCAGGCUGACGCACUGUGGCUUGCAAGCCAGGCACCUAGAGCUGCUCUGCAAGGCGCUGGGAGGAAGCUGCCACCUGGGUCACCUCGACUUAUCAGGCAACACCCUAGGGGACGAAGGUGCAGCCCAGCUGGCUCAGCUGCUCCCGGGGCUGGGCCCUCUGCAGUCCUUGAACCUCAAUGAGAAUGGCUUGUCCCUGGACGCUGUGUUCGGUUUGGCCCAGUGCUUCUCUACUCUGCAGUGGGUUCUCCAGCUGGACAUCAGCUUUGAGAGCCAACGCGUCAUCCUGAGAGGUGACAGAAGAGGCAGGGACCUGUCAGCUGGGGGAUCUUUGCCAGAAUUCCCGGCUGGAGCCCAUUUCUCAGGGUCCGGUCAGCACUGCAUCCCCAGGAGCUUCUGCCUCAGGGAGUGUCAGCUGGAGCCCCUGAGCCUCCUCCGCCUCUGUGAGACUCUAGAGAAGUGCCCGGGGCCUCUGGAAGUCACGUUGUCCUGCGAGGUCCUGAGUGACCAGAGCCUGGAGACCCUGCUGCACCGCUUGUCCCGGCUCCCCCAGCUGAGCCUGCUGCAGCUGAGCCAGACGGGACUGCCCCCAAGGAGCCCCCUCAUGCUGGCCGCCCUCUUCAGCCUGUGCCCACGGGUCCAGAAGGUGGACCUCAGGUCCCUGCAUCACGCGACCCUGCACUUCAGGUCUAGCGAGGAGCAGGCCGGCGGAUGCUGCGGCAGGUUCACGGGCUGCGGCCUCAGCCAGGAGCACGUGGAGCCACUGUGCUGGUUGCUGGGCAAGUGUGACGACCUCAGCCAUCUGGACCUCUCAGCAAACCUGCUGGGUGAUGACGGGCUCAGGUGCCUCCUGGAACAUCUGCCUCGGGUGCCCAUCUCCGGUUCACUUGAUCUGAGUCACAACAGCAUCUCUCAGGAAAGUGCCCUGUGCCUGGUGGAGAUGCUCCCCUCCUGCCCGGGUGUCCAGGAGGCCUCGGUGAACCUGGGCUCCGAGCAGAGCUUCUGGAUUCACUUCUCCCGACAGGAAGAGGCUGGGAAGACACUGAGGCUGAGCGAGUGCAGCUUCGGGCCAGAGCACGUGCCCCGACUGGCCACCGGCCUGAGCCAGGCCCCGCAGCUGACAGAGCUCACGCUGACCCAGUGCUGCCUGGGCCUGGAGCAGCUGACCGUCCUCCUGAGUCUGGUGAGGUGGCCGAAGGGGCUGCUGAGUCUCAGAGUGGAGGAGCCGUGGGUGGGCAGAGCCGGGGUGCUCGCCCUGCUGGAAGCCUGCGCCCAGGCCUCAGGCAACGUCACCAAAAUAAGCAUCUCCGAGACCCAGCAGCAGCUCUGUAUCCAGCUGGAAUUUCCCCAUCAGGAGAACUCGGAGGCUGUGGCCCUCAGGUUGGCUCACUGUGAUCUUGGGAGCCACCACAGCCUUCUUGUCAGCCAGCUGAUGGAGACGUGCACCAGGCUGCAGCAGCUCAGCUUGUCCCAGGUGAACCUCUGCGACGACGCCAGCUCCCUGCUGCUGCGAAGCCUCCUGCUGUCCCUGUCUGCACUGAAGAAAUUCCGGCUGACCUCCAGCUGUGUGAGCUCCGAGGGCCUGGCCCACCUAACGUCUGGUCUGAGCCAUUGCCACCACCUGGAGGAGCUGGACUUGUCUAACAACCAGUUUGGUGAGGAGGACACCAGGGUGCUGCUGGGGGCCCUUGAGGGCAAGCAGUGGCUGAAGAGGCUGGACCUCAGCCACCUCCCGCUGGGCGGCUCCACCCUGGCCGUGCUCACUCAAGGACUAAGCCACAUGACCCUCCUGCAGAGCCUCCGUCUGAGCAGGAACGGCAUUGGUGACAUUGGCUGCUGCCACCUUUCCAAGGCCCUCAGAGCUGCCACCAGCUUGGAGGAGCUGGGCUUGAGCCACAACCAGAUUGGAGACACCGGUGCCCAGCACUUAGCUGCCGUCCUGCCGGGGCUGCCUGAGCUCAGGAAGAUCGACUUGGUUUCGUGUGAGAUUGACAACCAGACCACCAAGCCCCUGGCUGCCAACUUCGUGCUCUGCCCGGCCCUGGAAGAAAUCUUGCUGUCCUGGAAUCUGCUCGGGGACGAGGCGGCUGCCGAGCUGGCCGGGGUCCUGCCGCGGAUGGGCCGGCUGAAGAGAGUGGACUUGGAGAAGAAUCGGAUCACAGCUCGUGGAGCCUGGCUCCUGGUGGAAGGGCUGGCCCAGGGGUCUAGCAUCCAAGUCAUCCGCCUCUGGAAUAACCCCAUCCCGCCCAGCAUGGCCCAGCGUCUGCAGAGCCAGGAGCCCCGGCUGGACUUCGCUUUCUUCCACAACCGGCCACAGGCCCCUCGGGGUACUUGAUGGCCCCUCACUGCCCUUCAGAUCCAAGUGAUGGCAACAGGGGCCGGCCCCGUGGUG